AUGGAAAUUCUCUCCACACCACACAGAUUCAUCCCAAACUAUAAAUGUGAUUUCAACAACAACCUGGUAGCAGUCAUUGGAGGACCUCACUCAAAUGAUUUUCUUGACAUAGCAACUAUUCUGAGUCAGUACAAGAUUGCACAGCAUGGCAUCUGUUUUGACUUCAUUGAAGAGAUAGCUGGUGGGACAUUAGAUGAGACUGAACGGUUUUUGGAAGCAACCCAGGCCAAAGUAUCACCUCUCUCCCUGUGUAAUGAUAAUUGCCCUCCAGGAUACCGAAAGACCCCAAAAGAAGGAGAAGCAUUUUGCUGCUAUGACUGCUUUCCAUGUCCUCAGGGAAAGAUCACCAAUCAGACAGAUAUGGACAAAUGCUUCCAGUGCCAAGAAGAUCAGUAUCCAAACCAUAACCAGGAUUUCUGCCUUCUCAAGUACAUUACAUACCUCUCUUUUGAAGAAACGUUAGGAAGCAGCUUGCUGACAGUGGCCAUUAUCCUUUCUUUCACCACAGUUUCUGUACUAGGCACCUUCCUGAAGUACCACAACACUCCCAUUGUCAAGGCCAACAACCGCAGCCUCUCCUACACCCUCCUCAUCUCUCUCCUCCUCUCUUUCCUUUGUUCUCUGCUUUUCAUCGGUCGACCUGUGAAGAUGACUUGUCUCCUUCGACAACCGGCUUUUGGCAUCAUCUUCUCACUGGCUGUUUCUUGUAUCUUGGCCAAAACCAUCACUGUAGUUGUAGCUUUCAUGGCCACUCAGCCAGGAUCUCAGUUGAGGACAUGGGUUGGGACAAGGCUAGCCCUUUCCAUUGUUCUCUCCUGCUCAUUUAUUCAAAUUCUUCUUUGUAGUGUGUGGCUGGCAAGCUCACCCCCUUUCCCAGACUUUGAUAAGCACUCUUUCAUUUCAGAAACCAUUGUGGAAUGCAAGGAAGGGUCAGUAGUCAUGUUUUAUUGUGUCUUAUCUUUUAUGGGCUUCCUGGCCCUUGUCAGUUUCAUUGUUGCCUUCCUAGCCAGGAAGUUACCAGACACUUUCCAGGAAACCAAAUCCAUCACAUUUAGCAUGCUGAUGUUUUGCAGUGUGUGGUUGUCCUUUAUCCCUGCCUACAUGAGCACCAAGGGGAAAUUUGUGGUGGCUGUGGAGAUCUUCUCCAUCCUGGCCUCCAGUGCUGGACUCCUGGCUUGUGUCUUUUUCCCCAAAUGCUACAUCAUCAUUGCGAGGCCUGACCUGAACAAAAGGGAGCAUCUAAUAAAGAGACUUUGUUAA